ACCCAGUUGUCCAAUUGGUCUUGUUAUUAUAAAAAUACAAUAUAAUGCUAUAGCAAAACUAAACAUAUAUAUAAUCACUAUAUAUAUAUAUAAUCAUAGUAAUAAAACACAUCACUGGACUGGGCAUGGAUAACAAACCAUUUAGUGGGAUUAAGAAAGAUAUACAUGGAAGAUUGCAGUGUUAUAAGCAAGAUUGGGUUGCUGCAUUAUGUUCUGGAGCCAGGAUAUUGGCUCCAACAGCAUAUAUCUUCUUUGCGUCAGCUCUUCCAGUCAUUGCGUUUGGUGAGCAGCUGAAUCGAGAUACAGAUGGAACUUUAAGUUCAGUGGAAACGCUGACUUCAACUGCCAUAUGUGGAAUAAUCCAUGCGAUUUUUGGUGGGCAACCACUUCUGAUAUUAGGAGUUGCUGAACCCACAGUAAUAAUGUAUAAUUACUUGUAUGGUUUUGCCAAAGGAAGGCCUGAGUUGGGAAAGGAAUUGUUUCUAGCAUGGGUUGGCUGGGUCUGUUUCUGGACUGCUAUUAUGCUAUGUGUUCUUGCUAUACUAAAUGCUUGCACACUUAUCACAAGAUUUACAAGGGUUGCCGGAGAGCUUUUUGGCAUGCUGAUUUCCGUGCUUUUUAUGCAAGAGGCCGUCCAUGGAGUAAUCAGUGAAUUUCGUGUUCCGAAAGGUGAAAACAAUAAAGCAGAAGAAUUCCAGUUCCAGUGGCUUUAUACAAACGGUCUGCUAGCGGUCAUUUUCUCUUUUGGUGUCCUUAUUACUUCCAUGAAGAGUAGAGGGGCCAGGUCUUGGCGUUAUGGUACAGGGUGGUUACGAAGCUUUAUAGCAGACUAUGGGGUUCCACUUAUGGUCUUGGUGUGGACGGCAUUAUCUUAUGCCAAGCCGUCUGAACUUCCUCAUGCAGUUCCAAGGAGGCUUUUCUGUCCUCUACCUUGGGAGGCCGCAUCGUUAUCCCAUUGGACCGUCAUUAAGGAUAUGGUGAAGGUUCCCGCAGUUCAUGUUUUUACUGCGAUAGUACCAGCUAUGAUGAUAGCGGCCUUGUACUUUUUCGAUCAUAGUGUAGCUGCACAAAUGGCACAGCAGAAAGAGUUCAACCUUAAAAACCCGUCUGCUUAUCAUUAUGAUAUCUUUUUGCUUGGGCUCAUGACUUUGAUGUGUGGGUUGAUUGGCGUUCCACCUUCUAAUGGGGUUCUUCCACAAUCACCCAUGCACACUAGGAGUCUUUCGGUUCUCAAGAGACAGAUGAUGCGAAAGAAGAUGGUUAAAUCUGCAAAAGAAGGUAUAAAGCUGGAUAAAAGUAACUCAGAAAUCUUUGGGAGGAUGCAUGCUGUUUUCGUUGAAAUGGAACCUCAUUCAGAUAGUGUUGUCGAUAAGGAGUUGGAAAACUUAAAGGAAGCUGUAAUGAAUAGUGAUGACGGAGGAGACACAAAGGGAAAGUUUGACCCCGAAAAGCAUAUAGAGGCUUACUUGCCUGUUCGAGUCAAUGAGCAACGAGUGACCAAUCUGCUGCAAUCCAUCCUGGUGGGCUUUGCAGUUUUUGCUAUUCCUGCUAUCAAAAAGAUACCCACUUCAGUUCUGUGGGGAUACUUUGCAUACAUGUCCAUUGAUAGUCUUCCUGGAAAUCAAUUCUGGGAGAGAUUGUUGCUCUUUUUCAUCCCUACUGGCCGGCGUUUCAAAGUCUUGGAAUCUCUUCAUGCUUCAUAUGUAGAAUCGGUGCCAUUCAAAUAUAUAACAAUGUUCACAAUGUUCCAACUGGUUUAUUUCUUGAUUUGUUAUGGAAUCACAUGGAUACCAACGGGUGGGAUAUUGUUUCCUCUGCCUUUUUUCUUGCUCAUACCUAUUAGAGAACAUCUUCUUCCCAGAAUGUUUCCGCCUGAACAUCUCCAAGAACUAGAUGCGUCUGAGUAUGAAGAAUACAUUGGGCGUCCGGUUCAGAGCAUGAGUCUUUCCCGGAAAGAAGGAUCUGGUGAGGAAAACAUGGAAAAUGAUUUUGAUAUCGGUUCUGCCGAGAUACUCGAUGAAAUGACGACCCGCAGAGGCGAGCUAAAACUAAGAUCCUUCAAUGAUCGACAAUUUCAUGCUAGUGCAGAGAUACUAGAAUUGACAACCCGAAGAGGCGAGUUGAAGCUAAGAUCGAGCUUCAAUGAUAGAUUUCGUGUUAGUGCAGACGAAAAUAUGACCCGCAGAGGCGAGUUGAAGUUAAGAUCGAGCUUCAAUGAUAGGCUAUUACAGGUUAAGCCAAAAGGCAGCUCACCAGAAUAAAUAACUGGGAAAAGUUGCAGCCGAUGAUUGAUUCAUAUAUAUAAAUGACUACUCACGAUUCUUUGGUUAUUGUAAGUCGAUCUGGUAGCAGCAUAGAAAGCAACUCAUCAUUAUAAAGCAAAGAUGGGAGAUAUCGACCAAAAGAAGUGAAGACCUAGAAAAUGGUAGCAGCCUAUAUAUGUCAUCUCGUUAUUGGUUUCACGAUUUUGUUGAUUAAUUUGUGUUAUGAUCACCAUAGGGGACUAAGAGAUCAACCAGAGUACCCCCUAUUUUAUAAUGAAAUCAUACACGGUACAUUUACUAACUAUGUAAAACAAGCUAGCUAAUGAACUUUGGUUGUGUUA